ACAAAAAGAGGAGAAAUGUUAGCAACACUACUCUCAUAUUCAUCUUCCAGAUUCUUCUCUUCUUCACUCUGUAGAUCUUCGAUUCCUUCGUUUCAUCGCUCAUCUAUCAGAUCAAUGGCCGAUUCCGCUUUCAAAAAAAUCCAAAUCCAAAGAGACGACACUACAUUUGAUGCGUAUGUUGUCGGAAAAGACAACGCACCUGGAAUCGUCGUGAUUCAAGAAUGGUGGGGCGUUGACUUCGAAAUCAAGAACCACGCUAUCAAAAUCUCACAGCUCGACACUGGUUUCAAAGCCCUAAUACCCGAUUUGUAUCGAGGAAAGGUUGGUCUUGAUACUGCGGAGGCGCAGCAUCUAAUGGACGGACUUGACUGGCAAGGUGCUGUUAAAGAUAUACGAGCUUCUGUUAAUUGGCUUAAAGCUAAUGGUUCCAAGAAGGUUGGUGUGACUGGGAUGUGUAUGGGAGGUGCAUUAGCUAUAGCUAGCUCUGUUUUGGUUCCUGAGGUUGAUGCUGUUGUUGGAUUCUAUGGUACUCCUUCUUCGGAGCUUGCGGAUCCGGCGCAGGCUAAGGCGCCUGUUCAGGCUCAUUUUGGGGAGCUUGAUAACUUUGUUGGUUUCUCUGAUGUCACGGCAGCGAAGAGUCUUGAGGAGAAGCUGAAAGCGUCUGGAGUGGCUCAUGAGGUUCAUAUUUACGAGGGGAAUGGGCAUGCGUUUUUGAAUAGGAGUCCUGAAGGAGUGAGUAGGAGGAAGAGUAUGGGGCUUUCUGAUGAAGAUGAGGCUGCUGUGGAGCUUGCUUGGUCUCGCUUCACUUCAUGGAUGAAACGUUACUUGGUUUAAGUUGUGUUUCAUGGAAGUCCUGAAAACGUUUUGUGAUGCCCCAGAUCGAUCUCAAAUAAGGACAUUGCUCGUAGGACUUUUAUUGGUAUGGAAUAAAGUGGCUUGCUUGUGGUUCGAAGCUUUUUCAUGUGUUUGAACUGAAACCGAUGUGUUUGGUUUUUUGUAUGACUGUGGAAACCAUUAAGUGAUAUUGUCAAGGGCCUAUCUUCGGCAUAGUGAGAUGAAAUAUUCGUCGGUCUCCAAUAUAGACCAGCCCAAUGUAUAUAUGGUAAACUGAAUCACUGCUAAGUCUGUUGGACUUAUAUGUAACUAUGGACUGAACUUGAACAUUAACCAGUCGAAUAAGCCAUU